AUGUUAGGCGUAGCUGGUGUAUUUGACGGCUCCCUAUUCAGUGCAAUGCACGGUUCGUUGGUAACUUUUAGUUUGAUUAGGGAAACCACAAAAAAUGAAUCUGCUAAUGAAGAUUACAGAUUCGGUCAAGAGGAAGAAACCUAUAAUAUUGUGGCUGCUCAUGGUUAUUUUGGACGAUUGAUAUUCCAAUAUGCUAGUUUCAACAAUUCUCGUUCUUUACAUUUCUUUCUAGCUGCUUGGCCUGUAAUAGGUAUUUGGUUUACUACGUUAGGUAUGAGCACUAUGGCUUUCAAUUUAAAUGGUUUCAAUUUCAACCAAUUUGUAGUUGAUAGUCAAGGUCGUGUAAUUAACACCUGGACUGAUAUUAUUAACCGAGUUAAUCUUGAUGCACUUGCUAUUGCUAAUACUAAUACAUCAGAGAAUUUUAAAUUGGUUAGUUUAAAUAGUCCUGGAUUGUUGAACAAGAGAGUAUCCCAAACUUACACCGAGGUAUUGACGGUGAUUCUCAAAUAUCGCAAAAUCGAAUGUGAUACCAUGAGAUAG